ACAUUUAUAAGACGUUCUCGUAAUUACUCCAUUUAGUUCACGUUAGUGUAAAAAUAUAUAUAUCCAAGAAAUCAGAUUCUCCAUCCAGAUGAAAAACGAAACGGGAACACCAUCUAAACCGGAAGAAGUCGAUUACGUAAUCGUAAUCGCUGGCAAGAAAUUAGAAAACAACGAUAAUGUAAAAUUGGCAAAUAAUUUUUUAAACGCAUUAGCUGCCAAAGGGGUCGACUUGACUAUGGAUUACGGAAUUUUUUACACAAAAUAUUUAUUUGUACGAUUAACAAUUCCUGACCAUUUAGUCCAAGAAUUAUGCAAUUCCUACAACAUCAAUUUAUCGUAUAUUAACCCAUAUUUUUCGUCCGACACCAAAUUCAACUGGAAAAUAUUUCAAACCGAAAUUGAUUUAAAAGAUUCUUCUCGUAUUUUUCGAAGAGCACCGGAGACUUUACUGGAUUUAAGACCAACUAAACCAACUAAAGCCGAAAAAUCAAUGUUACUUUACCUAUUAAUGACAAAAACUUGGUUUGAUGAAAAAGUCAACGAUUACGGAGUCGAUAAAUUACUUUCAAAGGGAAUAUUUGCCGCUGCUUACCCGAUACAUGAUGGUUCUUAUUAUUGGACUCAACAAGGACCGCUUUCAGAGAGACAACUUUUAGUAAAAUAUUGGGCUAAUUUUUCCUAUUUUUAUAAAAAUCAGCCGUUAAAUUUAAUCGAAAAAUAUUUCGGCACCAAAAUAGCGAUUUACUUCGCUUUUAUGGAUUUUUACACAAAAUGUUUAGCUGCUGCGGCUGCUAUCGGUGUAAUUUUUUACAUUGCUGGGUUCUUAAUGGCAAUAUUUCAAAAUUUUGAUGUAAUCGAUGAAGAAAUAUGCAAAAGCAAUUUAACGUUAUGUCCGGUUUGUUCAAAUAAUAUCACGUGCCAAUAUGAGAUGUACAAUAAUUAUUGUGAUGAUAUGAAGAAAGCGGUUAUUUUAGACUCCAUGUUUUCGAGUAUUUAUGGCGUUUUGAUGUCAAUUUGGGGCAUUUUUGUAAUGUUCUUCUGGAAAAGACGCUUAAACAUGCUUAGAAUGAAUUGGAACGUGGUUCGAAUUCGCUUGCAAAAAGAUUUGAGACCGGAAUAUGUAAAAAUUGCCAAACAUACCCGCAUCAACGCCGCAACGGGAGAAGAAGAACAUUACGUCCCAACAUACAAAAGAUUCUUUACUUUAUCUUUUACAAACGGUUGUAUCGUUUUUUUGGGAUUCUUAUUAAUUUUAUUUGGAAUAUGCAUGGUCAUCGUAGGAAAUCGACUUUCUUAUUAUAUCAUGUACAGUGUUGACCAAAAAACGGUUGUACAAGCAACACUUUUUAGUAAAAUUUUAAGUGGUGUGAUGCUAUUUAUACAAGUUUAUGGGUUUGUUACAUGGUUACCCGUGGUAUCCGCUUUUUUUACAAAAAUGGAAACUCCAGCUAGCCAACAUGAUUACGACCACUCCUACAUUAUUAAACAUUCGAUUUUAUUGUUUGCAAAUAGAUAUGUAGCGCUUAUUUAUCUCACAUUUAUUCGGGGUCGAGCUUAUAGCCAUCCGGGAAAAAAUGCUGAUUAUUACUUAUUGAAAGAGUUUUCUCACGAUUUAUGUGGCCCACUCGGUUGUUUUUUUAAUUUAGGGAUAGCUUUGGCGACGCUUUUCGGGUUUGAUAGUGCAAGGCUGCUUAUUCAACAAUUUAUGGAGAUGUUUGUUCAAGUUAAAAUAAACAAGCGAAAACAUACCAAGGAUUUACCAAAUUUUCCUCAAUGGGAGCUGGAUUUUGGUUUAUUACCGUCUGUUAGACUUUUUUCAUACAUAAAUAUUUAUGAUAUAAUUAGCCAAUUCGCAUUAAUAAUCGGUUUUGUUUCGGCGUUUCCUUUGGGUCCACUUCUUGCGGUGAUUCGCAACAUUUUCAAAAUAAGAGUAGAAGCGAUUAAGUUCGCGAAAUAUAGCAGAAAGUGUAUACCGAUGAAAGACAGCGGAUUAGGGCCUUACAACAAAAUAAUUAAAUGGGUAUCUGGAAUUGCAAUUUUUGUGAAUGGUUGUGUGAUUGCAUUUUCAAGUUCAACGAUUUCGUGGCUUUUAUACAAGUUUUAUUUUAAAACGGAAGGGGGAUACUAUAACUUUAUGCUUUCUGAAUUUGAUUCAGCUGAUCUUAACGAGAAAACUGCCCAAUCUAAGGGAAUUUGUUAUUAUCCCGGCCUACGUCAUCCUCCUAAUAAUCCUGAUAAAUACGGACUAAAAAUCGAAUUUUAUGUUAUUAUUAUUGCACAAUUAGUAUUUUUAAUUAUUUACCAGCAAUUUAUGUUGUUUAUAGUUGGUUUAUUAAGGAGUACUUUAACUGAAAAACCAAGAGUUUUUAAGGAACGUGUAUUAUACGAAGAAGUGUUAGUAAGAGAUAUUAAACAGAAGAUUUUGAACGAUUUAUACAACGAUCCGAUUCGUCGAAACUUUCCAGAUACAAUUCAAAUUCCUCCACCUUUAUUUAACGACUAAUUAAUGUACAAAAAGUUUAAAUAAAUUAUUAAAG